AUGCCUUGCCCAUCCCAGAGCUCGGAUGAACUGGUGUUCUUUGUGAAUGGAAAGAAGGUGACAGAGAAGAAUGUGGACCCCGAAGUCACUCUGCUGGCCUUCCUGAGGAGGACAGUGCGUCUCACAGGAACCAAGUACGCCUGCGGCACAGGAGGCUGUGGCGCUUGCACCGUGAUGGUGUCCAGGCACGACCCAGUAUCCAGGAAGACAAGACACUUCUCUGUCACGGCAUGUCUGGUGCCCCUGUGCUCCCUGCAUGGGGCUGCUGUCACCACCGUGGAAGGCGUAGGAAGCAUCAAAACCAGGCUCCACCCAGUGCAGGAGAGAAUCGCCAAGAGCCAUGGCACCCAGUGUGGAUUCUGCACCCCCGGGAUGGUGAUGUCCAUGUAUGCCCUGCUCAGGAACCACCCACAACCCUCAGAGGAACAGCUCAUGGAAGCCCUGGGGGGUAACCUCUGCCGCUGCACUGGGUAUCGGCCGAUUCUGGACAGCGGCAGGACCUUCUGCACGGAGCCAAAUGGUUGUCAGCAGAAAGGAACAGGAAAAUGCUGCUUGGAUCAGAAAGAAGACGAUUCCCUUGGAGCCAAAAGUAACAUCUGCACAGAGCUAUUUGCGAAAGAGGAGUUCCAGCCCUUGGACCCGACCCAGGAGCCCAUAUUUCCCCCAGAACUCCUGAGGAUGGCCGAGAACCCAGAAAAACAAACCCUGACCUUUUACGGGGAGAGAAUUACCUGGAUCUCUCCAGGAACCCUCCAAGACCUCUUGGCGCUGAAGGCAAAGUACCCCGAAGCCCCUGUUGUUUCAGGCAGCACAUCUCUGGGACCAGCCAUGAAGUCUCAAGGACACUUUUACCCAAUUCUCCUCUCUCCUGCUAGAGUUCCGGAUCUAAGAACGGUCACUAAAAGCAGUGACGGACUGACCAUCGGCGCCUGCUGCAGCCUGGCUCAGCUGAAGGACAUCUUGGCUGAGAGCAUCUCUGAGCUCCCGGAGGAGAAAACUCAGACUUACCAAGCUCUUCUGAAACACCUUCGGAGCCUGGCGGGGCAGCAGAUCCGGAAUAUGGCGACCUUAGGUGGACACGUUAUAAGCCGGCAUUGCUACUCAGACCUGAAUCCUAUUCUCUCUGUGGGCAAAGCCACCCUCAACCUGCUGUCAGAAGAAGGCGCACGGCAGAUUCCCCUCGAUGGAUCUUUCCUUGCUGGGUCGGCAAGUGCGGACCUGAAACCAGAGGAGAUUUUGACAUCUGUGUACAUCCCUCACUCUCGAAAGCCACAAGCCUCUGGGACUGUCCUGAGCAAGUGGCUCCAGGAUGUGGAUUUUGGUGGUUGCUGCAGCUGUGGGGUGCACUGGAAUGCGCUCCUGCUAGAGGAGGCUUGCAGGCACCUUCUGGAAGAAAUCUGGAUCCCGGGAUCAGCUCUAGGAGGCAAAGUGGAGUUCAAGAGGACUCUGAUGGUCAGCUUCCUCUUCAAGUUCUACCUGGAGGUUCUGCAGGGAUUGAGGAGAAAAGACAGCCAGGGCUAUCCAGCGAUUGCAGACCGGUUCCUGAGUGCUCUGGAAGAUUUCCAGGUCGCACUACCCCAGGGAGUCCAAACAUACCAGAGAGUGGAUCCCCGCCAGCCUCUCCAAGAUCCAGUUGGCCGUCCCAUCAUGCAUCUGUCAGGUCUUAAACAUGCCACAGGGGAAGCCACAUUUUGUGACGACAUCCCCAGAGUGGAUGAAGAACUUUUCAUGGCGUUGGUGACCAGUACCAGGGCUCAUGCAAGAAUCUGUAAGGAAAACUUUUCAAAAACCCUUUUAAAGGUCUAUCCAGGGGUUGUUGCAAUUGUGCCCUCUUCCGACAUUCCGGGUGCCAAUGGUGCCAAUGAUGACAAGUUACUGGCUGUAGAUGAGGUGCUCUGUGUGGGCCAGAUCGUCUGUGCCGUGGUUGCAGAGACUGAUGUUCAGGCAAAACGAGCAACCGAGAAGAUAAAAAUCACCUACGAGGACCUGGAACCUAUGAUUUUCACCAUCGAGGACGCAAUAAAACACAAUUCGUUCCUGUGCCCUGAAAAGAAGCUCGAACAAGGGAACAUCGAGGAGGCCUUUGAAAACGUGGAUCAGAUAGUUGAAGGAGAAGUCCAUGUUGGAGGGCAAGAACACUUCUACAUGGAAACCCAGAGAGCGCUCGUUAUCCCUAAGACAGAAGACCAGGAACUGGAUGUGUACGUGUCCACCCAGGACCCAGCCCACGUGCAGGUAAGCUCCUGCAGAACCCCACCAGCCCCUGCCUACUGCCACCACAGAAGCAUGGAUGGACAGACGAGCGGGAGAGACGAAGAAUGAAAACUCAUUUUCUGCAGAACUGGCCGUCCCGUUCGUCUUGUUCUGGACCGAGAAGAUGACAUGCUAAUAACUGGGGGAAGGCAUCCAUUGUUUGGAAAAUAUAAAGCGGGAUUCAUGAACAGUGGGCGAAUCAAAGCCCUAGACAUCGAGUGUUACAUCAACGGAGGGUGUACCCUAGAUGACUCGGAGCUGGUCACGGAAUUCCUUGUGCUGAAGCUGGAAAAUGCAUAUAAAAUCCGCAACCUCAGACUCCGAGGUCGCGCGUGCAUGACCAAUUUACCGUCUAACACAGCCUUCCGUGGGUUUGGCUUCCCACAGGGAACCCUGGUCACAGAAUCCUGUAUCACAGCUGUGGCAGCUAAAUGUGGGCUUCCACCAGAAAAGCCCGCACUGAGCCUGGCCUUCCCGAUUGUCUUACAGGCCGCCGCACUGGUCCAUAUCUACACGGAUGGGUCUGUGUUGGUCGCACACGGAGGCAAUGAACUGGGACAAGGUAUCCACACCAAAAUGCUACAGGUGGCCAGCCGUGAACUGAAAGUCCCCAUGUCUUACAUGUACAUCUGUGAGACCAGCACUGCCUCCGUGCCCAACACAAUCGCCACAGCAGCGUCCGUCGGCGCGGAUGUCAACGGAAGAGCUGUGCAGAAUGCCUGCCAGAUCCUUCUGAAACGCCUGGAGCCCAUCGUUAAGAAAAACCCAGACGGAACAUGGAGGGACUGGAUAGAAGCAGCAUUUGAACAGAGAAUCAGUCUUUCGGCCACUGGAUACUUCAGGGGCUACAAGGCCUUCAUGGACUGGGAGAAGCAGGAGGGGGAACCGUUCCCGUACUACGUCUAUGGAGCUGCCUGUUCCGAGGUUGAGAUCGACUGCCUGACAGGAGCUCACAAGAAAAUCAGAACGGACAUUGUCAUGGACGCCUGUUGCAGCCUGAAUCCAGCCAUUGAUGUCGGGCAGAUAGAAGGCGCAUUUAUUCAGGGAAUGGGUCUUUAUACCACGGAAGAGCUGCACUAUUCUCCAGAAGGCGUCUUGUACUCUCGAAGCCCCGAGGAGUACAAAAUUCCGAGCGUCACUGAUGUCCCUCAGCAAUUCAACGUGUCCUUGUUGCCCAGCUCUGAGACGCCGCUAACCAUCUACUCGUCUAAGGGCCUGGGGGAGUCUGGGAUGUUCCUGGGGUCAUCUGUGUUCUUCGCCAUUGCCGAUGCGGUGGCUGCGGCGCGAAGAGAACGAGACCUCGCGGAGGACUUCACAGUGCAGAGCCCAGCAACGCCAGAGCGGGUGCGCAUGGCCUGUGCGGAUCGGUUCACAGACAUGAUCCCAAGAGAUGACCCGAAGACAUUUAAACCUUGGUCUAUACCUAUAGCUUGA